UUAGAAACUUGAAAAACGAAAAGUAGCAAAUAUCACAGAGAAAAAGUGACCGUUUGAAAUUUGAAUCUCUCCCUCUUCUUUCUUCUCCGACCUCCAUUGAUUCUUCAUCAUUCAUCGCUACACAGAGCAAUUGAUUUGUUGUGAAAGAGAUGACCAACAGAUUCACGGCCGUUUGGGCCGACAAUUUUGCACAGGAAAUCGCCGCCGUCGAUCGCUUUCUCACCCACUUCCCCAUCGUCUCCUUCGACACGGAGUUUCCCGGAUUUCUCCGCAACACACCCAGAAGUGCUUCCGACGCUCUCCGCUACCAAGAUCUCCGCUUUAACGUCGAUUCCCUCAAACUCAUCCAAUUGGGUAUCACCCUCUUCGACGAUCUCGGCAACAUCGGGGGCACCUGGGAGUUCAAUUUCCGGGGUUUUGACGAGGAAACCGACCCGCACGUUGCCGAUUCCAUCACCCUUCUCAAAGCCAACGGCUUGGAUCUCGAGAAAUUUGGGAAAUUUGGAAUCGACCCGGAGGUUUUCGAGGAGGGUUUUGCUGAGGUUUUGCGGAUGCACAGAGGGCGCCUCUUAUGGGUGAGCUUCCACGGCCUCUAUGACUCGGCCUAUGUGAUGAAGCUCAUGACCCGGAAGGCCAUGCCGAGCUCACCUACCGAGUUCGCCGCGAUGGCGGGAAAUCUAUUUGAGAGGGUUUGUGACCUGAAAUUUAUGGCCAAAUUCUACCAGGGCCUGCUUGGGGGCGAAAUUGGGCUCGAGAGGAUGGCGAAAAUCCUCCGAGUGCAGCGUUAUGGCGAUGCCCACCAAGCGGGUUCCGAUAGUUUGUUAACGGCUGAUGCAUUUGUGAAGAUGAGGGCUCAGUUUGGGUUGAAGCCAGGGAUGUAUGAGGGGUUUCUAUAUGGGUUAAGUCCAAAGAUUUGUGCUUCUUCUGUACACAGGGUUAGAGCUCCUCCUGGUCAGGUUAUCCUUGUCCCUGUUGUACCCACUAGACCUGUCAUUCUCGCCCGCCGCGCCUCCUACUCCUCCCGUGAUCAGUCCUUCCAGAGCCAUCACCAGGCUUCGCCUAUGCUCUAUCCAUAUCCUUCUCCAGCUCCGAUGUUUAUGCAUAGGCCUAUGUGCAUUCCUUUUCAUGCCUUGCCUCAAGCCCCUCCCCACUAUCAGAUUCACAUGUGAAUUUGAUGAUGCAUAUAAUGUGAUAAUGUCUCUGUUAGUUAGAAUAGGUAUAUAUGUUUUGGUUAGAUUAGUCAAAUGUAAAUUAGUUCAUAUGAUGUCAUUUUUUGUAACACUCGUCUAAUUGUUCAUACAUGAUUAAUUCAUUCAUUCAAUUAAUGAAAAUUCUAUAGAAUAGAAGCUGUUUCAGUCAGUUAUUUUCUUAUGCAGCACUUUCUGUUUUAAGUAAUUAUUGUUUUUAUGUUUAUUUUCACUUUGCCACUACUCUUUGUAAUGUGUUCUAUCUUUUGAUAUUUGGAUCAUCGAAUGUUUGUUUUCAGGGAAUCUCUACUUUCCAGCUUUCCCAUGUUGAAUUUAAGCUUUGUGAAGAUUUUGAUGUGUUGUGUUUGCAUGAGACCAAACAGCAGGCAAGUAUUUUAGUUCUUGUUGUUCUUCACAAAGCUUAAGUUCUUGUCAAUAAUACAGUUAACGUCUUGUUGUUCUGCAAUCAUGUUUUAUUAUUCCGACAUCAUAUCUUGACCUGUGAUUGGCAAAGAAAUAACUCACUAUUUGGCUUCUGAAAACUAUUCCCUUUUAUUGUGAAGAAAUGGAACAAAUUGCUUCUUUUAUUUUUUGUGUUUUAACAUGAUGGGCUAUCUAAGGCUUAAAGUUCAUUCUCAAGAACGCUCGCCUAUGAACAAGAAUGAGUUCUUUUUAGUAAAUAAUGCUGGAUAACCUCUGUCCAAUCUCUCUUUUAUGGACAACCGUGUAUCAAGUUUCUUCGCUACUGUCACUUAAUGUAAUUUUGAGCAUUAUAUAAGAAAACAAAAUUCUUUGGUAGAUUUAUUAAAAAAUAAAAAGGUGAUCUUGUAGUGUACUUUUAUGUACAACCAUGUAUCAAGGUUUCAAUUUUAUAGCAAUUUCAGCUACAUUAGUGAUUGAUGACCAGAAUAACGUUGGUGGCUUCACAGUAGCUCCAAGGAAUUCGAGAAGUGGAGGAGCAUUGGUCUCUCUUUUAGAUUGUGAGCAAAACCCAAGCGGUCCCUUAAUGACUCAUAUCGAUUUCAAUUACAACAAAGAUGUUCAAAGGAUCAAUGGGAGCUGGUGCGUACAACCAGGUCAACUCCUCAUAAACCUAUUUUCUUGGUUAUACUUAUAUAUGUCAUGUCUCUAUGGCAUCUGCACUGAUUUUAUUCAUCAUUUUUUGUGGGUAAUUUGCAAAUACUUUGUUAUUAUUUGAUUGAAUUUUUCAGGAAGAAUGUGUCGAAAGCAAUGAGUUUGAGAUGUAGAGUGUCAAGUAUGACCGACAUGAGUCAAGGUAAUGACAGUUCAGCAACUCAGAACAACCCUGAGGAACUUUGGGAUCUCUGCCAAGUUCGUAAAUGUGAGCUUGUCUCUGGCUUGAAGCAGCUUUCCCAAAGGGAAGAUUAUGAUGCAGGUGUUUGCAAUAGUCAAAACUACAGGCAAGGAUUUUAGUUCUUAUUUUCUUUUUAAAGAUAAAAUUCUUGCUGAUAAUACAGUCGACAAA